UCGGCUCGUCAGUGUGUUGAUGUUUUGUGGAGUGGACGCUGAGAGGGAAGAGAGAGACGCUUUUUGUUUUUGUUCAACUAAAACACCGAAAACCAGCAGAGCCGUCGGUUCUGUCGUCCGCUUCGGUUCACUAAGGCCCUUAGCUCGGUGAUUUUCGACGAACGGCCGGGCCGGAGGGCGAAGAGACCGAAACAUUUGAUCCAGAAAGGGAGGACUCGUCACCCUCUGACCCCCCCCUGCUCCCCCCCUCUCUCACACCAUGACGAUUCUUCCGAAGAAGAAGCCCAGCUCCGGGGUCGGCGUCUCGGACCACGCCGAUGACAGUGACCGUCGGAGCGGUACAGACCCCCACCAACACCCGCACCCACACCCGCACGCCGGACGGACCGGAGCCCGACCGAGGGCUUCACCUCCGCCGUGGUCCUAUCAGUCCGCUCCGCCCUCCGCUCGGGACGACAGGCGGAGCAUCGAGGCGAGCUCCCGGCCGCAGCAGGCCUCUCCGCCGCCCGUCGGCUCCGUUUCGCCUGUAGGACCGGGCGACGGCCGGGACAGCAGCGGCGGAAUGGUGGCCGGGUCCCGCGGGGAGCUCGUCGUUUCGGCUGGUGUCGUCGGCUGCGGCGGAGGCAUCGGCAGCUGCUGCUCCGGGCCCGGGCUCAGCAAGAGGCGACGGCAGGCAGGCACCUGCUCCGGUGGGGUGGUGGCAGCUCUGGCCGGCGGAGGCCAGCCCGGGGUGACCGGCCCCGGGGGAGUAGGGUCCAGCCAAGACACAGAGGAAGGAGCCGGGAACAAUAGCGAGGACGAGUACGAGAACGCCGCCCGGCUGCAGUCCAUGGACCCGGCGACAGUGGAGCAGGAGCACUGGUUUGAAAAAGCUCUGAGGGAGAAGAAAGGCUUUGUCAUCAAGAAGAUGAAGGAGGACGGAGCGUGUCUGUUCAGAGCCGUAGCUGAUCAGGUUUACGGAGAUCAGGACAUGCAUGAAGUGGUCAGAAAACACUGUAUGGACUACCUGAUGAAGAACGCAGACUAUUUCUCCAACUACGUGACGGAGGACUUCACCACAUACAUCAACAGGAAGAGGAAAAACAAUUGCCAUGGCAACCACAUCGAGAUGCAGGCCAUGGCGGAGAUGUACAACAGACCAGUGGAGGUGUAUCAGUACAGCACAGAGCCAAUCAACACGUUCCACGGCAUCCACCAGAACAACGACGAGCCAAUCAGAGUGAGCUACCACCGCAACAUCCACUACAACUCAGUAGUGAACCCCAACAAGGCUACGAUCGGGGUCGGACUGGGGCUGCCGGCCUUCAAACCAGGGUACGCCGAGCAGUCUUUGAUGAAGUCGGCCAUCAAGACGUCGGAGGAGUCGUGGAUUGAGCAGCAGAUGUUGGAGGACAAGAAGAGGGCGACCGACUGGGAGGCCACCAACGAGGCCAUUGAGGAGCAGGUGGCCCGGGAGUCGUACCUGCAGUGGCUCCAGGACCAGGAGAAACAGGCCCGACAGCCCCGUAAGGCCAGCGCCACCUGCAGUUCAGCGACAGCAGCGGCAUCCAGCGGACUGGACGACUGGAGCGCCCGGUCACCACGGCAACGUGACUCCGACCCCUCCCACUCCGACCUCACAGCCGCCCCGGCAACCAACAACAAGCCCCCAUCUCCAGCCGGGGCCGCGCUCAUCCUGAGCAAACCCCCCUCACCCUGCGCACCAGGUCCCAGUAAUCAGAGUCGUCACCAUUUGGAGUACAGAGCCAUCAUGCAGGAGAUGUCACCUACAGCUUUUGGUCUGACGGACUGGGAGGACGAUGAGAUUUUGGCCUCGGUUCUGGCCGUGUCUCAGCAGGAGUAUCUGGACAGCAUCAAACACCAGAGCGCCGCCAUGCAUCGAGAGCGAGAGCCGUCGCCCGACAGCAGCUGAUAGACGGCAGACCCACACAAAAACACAACCAUGAUCCUCCUCCUCCUCUGCCCUAACCCCACCCCCCCCUCACUCCAAACCUCCUCAGCCCCGCCCCCCUCCCCUCACCGCUGACCUGCAGGAGAUCGACCAGGGAAAAAAAUAAAACCCGAAAAACAAAGAAAUGCACACUUAUUUUUUUCGCCACGUUUCCGCUCACGUCUCCUCUUCCUUCCCUCCAAGUCUCAUCUCCUCCUCCAGUCUCCCUCCAGCCAAUAGUAAUCCAGCAUUAUCAGACCCCUCCCCCUUUCAUUUACCCUUAACUUGGUCUUAACACUGAUUUGGGAUCAGUCGGGAUUUAACUCUCCUGACAUUUAAACGUCAUAUUAGGCAGCUUUCAGGCGACAUUCACAGAAAACUGUUCAUUAGCAUCAGAUCAAUAUUAUCGUUUAAUCCAAACCUGUUUAUCUAAACUGAAAUGUGACCUUCAGUCCUCAGCAGUUAGCAUUUUUACUCAUUUUCACAGUUUUAUCUCUACUGCACUAGUGCAAUUGCACUGUAAUAAUCAAUAGAAGACAAUAGAAAACACUAAAAAGCAGUUUAUAGUCAUCUGCGAACUGUUUUCUGGUGGGAAUAUCACAGCUAAAGAAUGCUAACGAUGUUACUUUAACAGUUUCAGAUUCACGCUGCGUUACUAUUUCAGACUUUCUGUAACUUAUCAGAAUUUAAAAAGGGGAUAUUGUCAAUUUACAAGUUGGAAAAAAGUUCCAAAUAUCUGAUUAUACAAAAAUAGGUAAAUGUUGGUCUGUGAAAGUGAUAAAACCCAAAUUUUGCAGAUGUAUUUUAUUUUACCUUUGAGCUAUGCCUUGUUUUACUGGCAAGCUAAUGCUAUAGCUUCAGUCAUUUCUUUUAGGAUUUACGUUGCACAUGUGCAGUUCAAUCAGUGUAAGAAUGUUUCAGGCUAUUAGAAACGUCCAGCUUUUGUCCAGUUAGCUUUGAAAUAAUAGUAAUAUUUCAGUAUGUAAACCACAAACACUGCUGCUACCUGCUAGCUAGUACUAGCUAGCUUUUCAGAGUCAGUUAAAGAGAGUGAAUAUCAAAACAGAGAAAUGAAAUGUUUCCUGGACCACUGACCAAAAAAUGUGUCCCUUAAAUAGUUAGCUAGCAUUAAAAAGCAUUUGUCAAUUAUUUUUUUGGCCCUACUUUAUGUUUUCAAAUUACUUUUGCACAACAGUCUAAUUAUGUUAGCUCAAAAGACAAUGCUAAUUUAAGUGUCUUGUUAGCUGAUUUAGCAUGUUCUUUAGCAAGCAAGAUAUCACCUUAAGUCUUACUAAGUUUUUUCUUACACCGCUAACAAGUGUUGCUGUUAGCUUAGCUGCUUAAAGCUCGUGGUUUUACCUCAUCUUUUGACCUGAAACCCUCAAAAUAAAUGCUAAUCAGAAACAAACGCUGCCCCUGCUAAUCAGAGUUGAAAAAAAUGAUGAGUUGCUAAUCAGAGUUUUAUAUAAAAAGGAAAAAUAAA